AUGGGCAAUGAUAAUUUGGUUGUAGUUUCCAUCAUUGAAUGCCAGAUUGAUUAUCUUGACAUAGAAGACAAUACCAAGCUGAGGCGCCAUGUUAUGUCAUCUUAUGAGCAGAGGAUAUCAGUAUCUUCUAUUUGCUGUAGAGCCAUAUAAGAUCACAGCCUUCAAGGUCCCGGCACUGAAACUGAUUCCAGAGUGUUCACAGUAAGUCUCAACUUUACUGUUUACCUUCUUUGUUCCUCUUCUCUCUUUUUGGUUUCGUUCUUGAGCUCCUUUUCAAACCAGACAUGCUGUGUUCUUGCCAGAACCUAGAAGGCUAGAGCAUAUUUGUCAUUUGA